AUGAGUGAUGAUGCGAACAGAGAAAAUCGUACUGUAGCGGAUUUCAAUACAGCUGAUGACUUGCUUCAGGGGAUGCAGUCCAUGGGUGUUAAAAAAUCUGGAAAUGAGCCAUAUGUCAGUUUUGCUAACCCAGCACAUCGGAUCAACGCCCACAGCGCUGCACUGAAAAACACGCUGAAUACUACCCAUACUGACACUACUGGAGAGGUCCCUCUAGAUCCCAAACUUGAUUGGGUGCUAGAAUCGUUCAAUAAAAAAACAUCGGACGCACAAACAUUAGACGAAGAACUGAAAAGGUUAUUGGUGUUAAAAUCAUAUUUGUUGCUUGACAGCGAACGGCAAGAGUCUUUCGAACGCAUCACUGCAAUUGCAAGCCGGCUUUUCAAAUGUCCUAUGGCAUUAAUAAGCUUGGUGGAUCUGGGGCGACAGUGGUUCCUAUCGAAUCGAGGUCUGGGGGAUGUCAGAGAAACCGAUCGAAAAUCUGCUUUCUGUGCUCAUGCCAUUUGGUCUCAGGAAAGAUUAUUCAUUGUUCCGGAUGCGACUAAAGAUGACCGGUUCAAGGACAAUCCUUUAGUAACAGGGCCUCCCGACAUUCGAUUCUACGCAGGUGCCCCUUUGAUCUCACCAGAAGGUUACAAGCUUGGAACACUCUGCAUUCUCGAUAAGAUUACUCGUCCGAAUGGGCUGACUUCCGCAGAGCAAGAAAACUUGCUAGACCUUGCAUCAAUGGCUGUAAAAGCGGCAGUUGAUCAUAAGCGUGUGAGGUUGCAAGAAUAUGAAGACCCGAAGCAACUUAUUGCCUACACAGCUCACGAUUUGAUGACGCCUUUGACCGGUGUCCAGAUAAGUCUCUCACUCUUAAGCGAAGACAAAUCUUUCAGUUCAAAGACAAACGAAGCACAAAGAGAACUAAUACAUACAGCCUCGGAGUGCACAGAUGUUAUGGGACGAAUUUGCCAAACAGCAAUAUCAUCAUUUCGAAGUAGCCAACAACAGAAUCCUGAUAAAAAACACAAAAAGGACUUGCCAAAAUUGUCAGAGACAAUCUCUUCAAGUCCGUUGGAGGAAAUAAAGCUUUCUGAUUUUGUCACGAAGCUUCAAACUAUUCUGGCUCCUUUUCCAAAGUCUGUCCCUGUCAACAUAUCACUACACGACUCUGUGCCACCUACUAUUGUCACUGAUGAUCUGAAAGUCUUCCGAGCUGCCAUCAACUACUUGACUAGUGCUUGUUCUCGGACAGAAGAAGGGGCCAUCAAUUUCACAAUUAAGAUGAUAGGCGAUGGUGACAAACAGAGGAUUAGAUUUGAGUGCGAAGACACUGGACCAAGUCUUCCGGUGGACAGUUACUCGUCACUCUUUCGUCCCUUCAAAUUUGAUGUAAAAGGCGAACAGGAAAGCUCCUACGCGAGCUGGUCCAAUACUGAGAUGUCCGAAGGAGAAGUUCCAAAUUCAGCUCUUGGCUUAUAUUCAGUGGCCAUUCACAUCAGUUCGAUGGGUGGAGAAUAUGGUUUUCGACCACUGGAGUCGUCUUCGACAGGUUCCACCUUUUGGUUCCAAAUCCCAGUGAUUCUUCCAAGUGCGACUUCCGAUUUGAAGGCGAUGCCUUCUUUAGAAAAGGAAUCACAAUCAAAGCCCGCAAGAGACACAGCAGCGGACAAGAGCGGUAAGAAAAGGGACCUUCCAGGCGCUUCAACAGGAGACGCCAAUGGUAUCAUCAAAGAUAUGAAGGAGCGAAAGCGGAAAGCUCUCGUUAUUGAAGAUUCCAUGGUUGUGAGAAAAAGUCUGACAAGAGCGUUGACAAAAGUAGGCUUCGAGGUUACGCAGGCAGUGGACGGCAUGGAAGGUCUCCGAGAACUUCAAUCCUCGUUAUUUGACGUUGUUUUAUGCGAUUUUCUCAUGCCUGUAAUGGAUGGCUUGGAUUGUGUCCAACAAUACCGAGAGUGGGAGAAGGUACACCGACCUUUUUUCAAGCAAUUUAUCAUUGGUAUAUCUGCCCAUGCGGGCAAUACUGACAUUGAGAAGGGAAGAGAAGUUGGAAUGGAUGAUUUCAGACCGAAACCCGUUACAUUCAAGCAGCUGGUUGAGUUAAGCAAAAGCGAGGUUCUUGCCACAUACAGCGGCGAGCUCGAUUCUUUUGGACGAAAAAGGAUGAAGAUGCUGAGUGCUGGGAAACUUGCUGUGAAUCAAGAUGAUAAUCAAAAGGUUGCUCAUGUUUGUUUGAUUGCCAUGGGCCGUAUCACAGAACAAGUCGAAGCUCUGCAACGUGCUGCGGAAGCAAGAGAGUGGAAAAGUGUCAUUGUAGAUAACGGCGAAGAAGCGUUGAAGCUUAUGAAACUUAGAACAUGGGACGCCAUUUUGCUGGACGAAGACUUGCCGCAGCUUCCUUCCGGUCAAUGCGUUGCUAGGUUCAGGGAAUGGGAAGCGAAGAACCGAAUUAUGAAACAACGGAACGUUGCUCUCGUCAGCGCAAGCUGUGCCUCUAUGGUUCACAACUUAAAUUCGAUGAUGCAGCUACCAUUUGGAGUUGACUUUGCGAUAGGCAAACCAAUUCAAGUCCGAGAAUUCGAAUUCAUAAUGUCCCGAGCAGAAGACCACUCGAUGGGUUGCGGAUCGAGAGACAUCAUCGGAAGAUAA